CCAUGCAUCAUGUGUUGGCAUUUCGAUUGUCAAAAUUUAUAAUUUUGAAGCGAUUAUUGCUAAACUUUUCAGAAAAACACGUAGAAUUUUUCCUGCAGUAUUUAAAUACACUACAUUCAUGGAAAUGAACGAAACGGUGUACUGAUUAUCAACCCAAAUACGUAUUUAUGAAACUACACAUAUUUUAAAGGGGAUCUGCCUACUUAUACACUACUAAAACCUCAUACCACAAGAACUAAGAUGCCUUUAUUUGGAAAGUCGCAGAAAGGACCCGCUGAAGUAGUUAAAGCUCUUAAAGAGGCAGUGAAUGCUCUGGAGAAAGGCGACAAGAAGGUUGAGAAAGCACAAGAGGAUGUAUCAAAGAAUUUAGUAUUAAUCAAAAAUAUGUUAUAUGGAACAUCAGAGUCUGAGCCUCAAACUGAUAUCAUAGUUGCCCAAUUAGCCCAAGAGCUGUACAACAGUAAUUUAUUAUUAUUGUUGAUACAGAACUUGAACCGUAUCGAUUUUGAAGGCAAAAAAGAUGUAGCCCAGGUUUUCAAUAACAUUCUUAGAAGACAAAUUGGUACUAGGUCUCCGACUGUUGAGUAUAUUUGUACCAAACCAGAAAUACUAUUUACGCUUAUGAGUGGCUAUGAACAUCAAGAAAUUGCAUUAAAUUGUGGAACAAUGCUAAGGGAAUGUGCCCGGUAUGAAGCACUGGCCAAAAUUAUGUUAUAUUCUGAUGACUUUUAUAAUUUUUUUCGGUACGUUGAGGUUUCAACUUUUGAUAUUGCUUCGGAUGCAUUUUCUACUUUUAAAGAACUUCUUACAAGGCACAAGAUUCUUUGUGCCGAAUUUCUAGAAGCAAAUUAUGACAAAGUUUUUAACUACUAUCAGAGAUUAUUAAAUUCAGAAAACUAUGUUACAAGACGUCAGAGCUUGAAACUACUCGGAGAAUUAUUAUUGGAUAGACAUAAUUUUAGUGUUAUGACCAGGUAUAUUUCCAAUCCUGAAAAUUUAAAACUUAUGAUGAAUAUGUUAAAAGAGAGAUCGAGGAAUAUACAGUUCGAGGCCUUCCAUGUUUUUAAGGUAUUUGUAGCUAACCCAAAUAAACCGAAACCCAUUCUGGACAUCCUGCUUCGCAACCAGGAGAAGCUGGUAGACUUUUUAAUGAAAUUCCACACGGACAGGGCGGAGGACGAGCAAUUCAACGACGAGAAAGCCUACCUAAUUAGACAAAUUAAAGAGCUGAAACCGUUGCCAGGUCACUAACUAACCGUUCAAUAUAUAUUUUUUUAGAAAUUCUGAUUCCUAUAAUGUUGUUGCUGUAAUUUGAUUUUUUUUAAUUAUAUUUACUACGACAAAAUUCGCUAAAACUAUUUUAAUAAGAGAGGAUUAUAGGAUUCGUAAAAAUAUUUAUUAAAUAAUAGGACCUCGGCUUGAAUUUUAUAAAGUAUUCGUUGUAGAGUGACCGGCAAAAAGUGUAUAAUAAAUUAGGAAAUAUUGCAACGUCGGAAAAAAAUUAUAAGGAGGAAACAAAUCAUUUUGACGUUAUAUGACAACUGUUAUGACGGGAAUAUCUUUUAAACAGGUAAAAAGUGAGGUUAGAUGAUAAAAUGAAAGAGAACUUGUUUAAAAUAUAUUUAUACUUUGUCCACAAUACAUUAAACUAUACAGGGUGAUCUGAAUUGUAACCGGGAAACUUCGACAACAUAUUCUGCAGAUAAAAAUAAGCAAAACAGUUGGUAUAAAUGUAUGUCCUAAACUGCUUCGUUUAGGAGAUACAGGGUGUGGAAGUCUCACUUUUAUUUAAGUUUUUUCCAAAUAAUUUCUAAACUAUCAUCGAUACUUGGAUGACAAUUGGUGUCUGGGUGUUUUUUACAUGACAAUUCGUUGUUAGAAUGAUUCCAAUUUGUAGGGGGCGCCACCUACAUAGCUUUAACUGUUUUGAGGAGUAAUAACUUCUUGUCCGUACAUAUAUUACACUACUGAGAGAAGAAAUAUAUAUAUAUAUAUAUAUAAAAAAGGUCUUUCGAUAAAAAUCGCUACGAGGACCCGUUCUCAUGGCAAAAAAUACCCAGAGAACAAUUUC